AAAGGAGCUAAAUUGGCAUCCUUGUUUUAUCUUUAAGUUUUAGCAUUUUUAUGAAGUAAAAACUAAUUAAACUUAAAUGAAAAGUAAAGUAAUAAAUUGUUCGGAGUUUUUAGUUGGCUAAAAAUCAAGAAGUAGGGGACAAAAAUGAUUUGUCGAAUGUGCUUAAAUAAUAUAAAUGAGUUUAUUAAUAUUUUCCGUGAAACUGAUAAUGAACACAACAUAUCCGAAAUGAUCGGUAAAUAUUUUUGGUUUAAGCCCAAAGAGGAUGAUCCAAUAUCGACAUUUAUUUGUACAAAUUGUUGGCUCAAACUAUAUGAUUUUCACGAAUUUUAUAAGAUGGUAGACAAAGCUCACAGACUAUGGAAAAACGGAGAGAAUACUAAUUGUGAUUAUUCUACAAAUAAACUUAAGGAAUAUUGUUCUUUACCUUAUAAAAGUGAAACUUACGAGAAUACUUACGAAAUGGGUGAAUUACCAUUUCUCAUUCCACAAAAGGAUAAUGAAGAGAGAAAUGCAACAACAGAUCGAGAUAUCCUUUCCGAUAAUAUUAUUUGCAAUGAGAUCGGGCAGAAAACAAAUUUGUCUUAUAGCGAAAUUAUGGUUGAAAGCAAUGAUGGAAAUAAAAGAGAAGCGAAUACGAAAAUUAAUGAAUCAAAGUUAUCAAAUGAAAAUAAGAUUUCACAAAAAUCGUGUAGGCGUCAAAAUAAAAUAUCCAAAUCAGUCAAAAAUGUGAUUGUAAACAACAUUAAAACUCCUUCAGAAAAGAGGAGAGGUCGCCCAAAAAAAGAGAAAGGCAUAAUUAAGACAAAAAAGAGUGCAAGCGACCAAGAAGCAUAUAAAGCUAAAAUAAUAGAGUAUGACGCUGAAAUUGCAAAGUACAUGUCAUUAUACUGUGAUAUUUGUAAUAACAAGUCAGAUAAUUUUCCUGCUUUAAGAAUUCACAUGCGUGAAAGUCAUAAUAUUAAGGAGGGAUAUGUGAAUUGCUGUGACAAAAAGUUUAAUAAAAGAGCCCUACUUUUGUAUCACAUACGACAACAUCUAAAUCCCAGUUAUUAUAGAUGCGAAGAAUGUGAUUUCACAUUUUCCGAUCGCCAAUCUAAGCAUAAUCAUUUCUUGGUUAAACAUCAAAGAGAUGAAGAUAAAAUUUACGCAUGUUCUCAGUGCUCAAAAAAGUUUGUAAGGAAAUAUCUUCUGGAGCAGCACAAAUCAUUUUCUCAUCGAGAUUUUAUACCAAAGUGCAAAAAUUGUGGUAAAAGAUUUAAAGCUGUAGAGGAAUUAACGGAACAUCAUAAUAAGGAAGACUGUAAUCCUGGUACAAUGUGUGAUGUUUGUGCAAAAUAUAUUCGGGGCUCAGCUGCUUUUAAACGGCACCAGUUAGAGCAUCAGGGUGUUUCAAUACCAAAAGUGCAAUGUGAUUUAUGUGGCUUGUGGUAUAAAGAUAAAAGAGGAUUAAAGAGGCACAAAAUAAAACAUAUAGAAGCAAAGCAACCUCAUGUUUGUGACAUAUGUCAAAAAAUAUCUCCAAGUCGUAGUGCGAUGCUAAGUCACAAACGUUAUGCUCACGGAACCGACCGAACACAUGAAUGUAAUGUAUGCCAAAAGACAUUUAAGAAGCCAAUAUCACUGAGAGAGCACAUGACCACACAUACUGGAGAAGUGCUCUAUAAAUGUCCACAUUGUACUAAGACAUUCAAUUCAAAUGCAAAUAUGCAUUCUCAUCGCAAAAAAGUGCAUCCAAAAGAAUUUGAAGAGACUCGGAAACAACGUAAGCAAAAUAAGCAAUCUAUUGAUUAACAGCGGUGUUCUCAAUUUCAAUAGUGUUGUGAGGAAGCAAUUAAUUAUUGAUGGAUUCAAUAAAUUUCAGGGAAAUUCUUGGAAAAUCAUUAAUCAUUCAUACAAUGGUUAUACAGCAA